CUGAGCUCUUAUAUUGAUUUAUAACAUUUUUUCUUUCAGAGUGAGAUUGCCUCUGUUCAAAGGAACGAUAACAUACCAGAAAUACACAAGGUCUACACCCUUCACCCAGACUAAGCAAAGCUUUCACCUAAAAGAAAUAAAAUAAACAUGGCAGAAUUUACAGGUUACAAGGAAACCUCAAAUCGGCACCUACGUUUCAAGUUGCAGAGCCUUAGUCGCCGCCUUGAUGAACUGGAGGAAGCAACCAAAAAUCUGCAGAAAGCAGAGGAUGAACUGCUUGACCUCCAGGACAAAGUUAUCCAGGCAGAAGGCAGCAACUCCAGCAUGCUGGCUGACAUCGAAGCCCUGCGGAAAAGAGUACUGAAGAUUGAAGGCAAGGAUGAAGAAAUUAGAAAGGCUGAAGAGCUUUGCAGAUUAAUGAAAGAAAAACUUGAAGAGGAGGAGAGCCUCACUCGAGAGCUGAAGUCAGAAAUUGAACACCUUCAGAGGAGAAUGGCAGAGCUGGAGAAGCUGGAGGAGGCCUUCGGGAGGAGCAAGAAUGACUGUACACAGCUGUGUCUUAGCCUCAAUGAAGAAAAGAACUUGACCAAAAAGAUAUCUACAGAAUUAGAAAUACUUAGAGUGAAAGUGAAAGAACUGGAAGCAUCUGAGGACAGGCUAGAUAAAACUGAGCAGAGCUUAACGGGUGAGCUAGAAAAGCUGAAAUCCUUAGCUAUGAGCUUUAUCACAGAAAGAAAACAUUUUAAUGAAAGAGAAAAGCAGAAUGAAAAAAUAAUCCAGGAGCUAACACAGAAACUAGAACAAAACAAUAAACUAAAUAGGGCAGAUCAAACUAGAAAUGCAUCCAACUUGCUAGAAAGGUCAUCCAACAAUCUCCUGGACAGAAAUGAUUUGAGAAUUGAAGAUGACUUGACUUCUGCACUGCCUUCUAAGGAGACCAGGAGGAAGGGAAGUGUGGAUUACCUGAAACAUGUAGAAAAUGAAACCAGGAAUAAAUCAGAAAACCAAAAGAAUAAAAACCAGGAAGACAACAAAGUGAAAGAUCUCACCCAAGAAAUUGAGAAACUUAAAACUCAGAUCAAACGUUUUGAAUCUUUAGAAGAAGAACUUAAAAAAGUAAGAGCCAAAAACAAUGACCUGCAAGACAGUUACUUGAGUGAACAGAAUAAAAACAAACUCUUAACAGGUCAGCUAGAAGAAAUAAAAAUGCAAAUAAAAAAACAGAAAGAUCUGGAGAAUGGAGAGGUUGAAAAUGAAGAUACAAGCUUUACCAGCAGGGGAAAACAUGACCGACCUAAAUACAGAGGUGUCACGGCUGACUUGACAGCUGCCAAGCACAAGCCAAGGGAGCUCUCGCCACAGCAGCGCCGGGAAAGAGCACGGAACAGAGACUUCUCUGUCAGUAAUGACAGUUACAGCCAUGGUGGUAAGCAGGUGUCCAGUUCAAGCUUAAUGAACAGAAAAGCGGGAAAAACAUCUGGUGCAUCUGCCCUUUCGGACGCUGCUGUCACAGAUACAAAAAGACUGGAAGAGAAAUCUUUAGUUUCCACUAUUUCUCCUGGUCAGAAGGAAGGCUACGUCAUGCAGAAUGAGGGGAGGAGAUCCAAAGAGCAGCCAUCUGUCCUCAGCCGAUAUCCUCCUGCUGCACAGGAGCAGAAGUCUUGGAAAGCACCUUCCAAAUCUGUUGGUGACACAAGCCUGAGAUCCAAGGCUGAAAAGCCAUCUCAGGUGCUCCGUGGCAGCUGCCAAAAUGGUGCUGACACACGGGAUGAAAAGUCAAGCAAAGAAGAAUCAAUGGUUUCUUUGGCUGAGAAGCUGAAAACAAGCCAGGCUGAAGUUAGUGACUGCACGGGGGACACGCAGCUCGCAAGGGGUAACCACACCUCUUCCAAUGGCACAGCUUCGGCAUACAGGUACCAUCUGUCCUCCCAUGUGUCAGCCUCAGACUCUGCUGGCUCUAAAGUAGAAGCAGUGAACACUUUUGCUGCGUCACACAGACAGCCCUUGGAGGGGAGGGCUAAAAGGGCAAUAAUCUCCCAGGAAAAAGAAGUCACAGACACAUCUCUUGAAAGUGUGAAGUUUUCAAUACUAACAAAGCGUUCCCAUCGCUCCAGGAGUCAGGAAGACAUUCUGCAGAUUCUCACAGGUUUUGAUAAAGAAGAGACAGAGCAGUCUUCAAGUUCAGCAACAGAUCAUGUAAACGUGGGUUUAAAAACUGACUCCAAGACAAUCCAGAGUAACCAGGAAAAGCUUAAUUCAGAUGAAGAAUCAGGAAGAGGCAAAAAAACAACCACUCAGUCAGAUUUUGAGACAAGAAAGAAAGUCAGUUCCAAGCAGUUCUCCAAUUCUAGAGGAGUUUUUAGAGCAUCACUUUUUGAAAAUGAGAAAAACACUGUAAAUGAUGAAGACUCCACCAAGUGUAUAAAACCAUCGGAUGCCAGCACUGGAGGAUUGAAAUCCAGAAGGUCGUUCAGCCCGAGAGAAGCUCUGAGGUCAAAAGCCAUCAUUAAACCUGCAAUUGUUGAGAAGGAUAUGAAGGCAGUCAUGGGAGGGACUGUUUCGGAGGCAGAGUCAGAAAAACAGAAGUCUGUUUUUAAAAUGGUAACAAAUAAAAUGACAAGCAGCAUCACAAUCUUCCCUUCUGAGCCAACAGCUCCAAGGACCACUGCAGAUAUACCAGCAAAGGAAAGGCAUGUUACCAGCAGCAACAUCAGAGCAGCCUCAAAUGAGCCUUCACAAUCAAUAACAAACAAUGUCCCCACACCCUUUGAGAUAUCGAUUAAUAAAAGUGCUCUGAAAUUAUCUGAGAUGGACAGAAGUGGAGAGGCAGUGCCGAGAAGUAAAGCUGAAACAGUGGUCUCCAGAAGCAGCAUUAUGCUAAAGACUUCUGAACUCACAGAGAGGAACAGUGAACUGCCUUCAGAGACAAUCAGCUGGAAGAGCCAUGGCUCUUCAGAUGCAGCUUCAUCUGAAACAAAGCAUGCCGCUAUGAGAAGUUCCUGGAGAACAAGACAAGGCUUACAUUCCCUGGAGGACUCUCAAACUGAAGUGGAGAAAAGUGCAGCUUCCAGUACUACAAACUUGUGUAGGUCUUCAGUGGACCUCUCCGAAGUGGAAGGGAAUAGUGCAAGAACAGACUCCCUGGAGCAGGCCUCAGCAAGGACCAGUGCCACGGCUAAUUCUUGGAGUGCCCCUGAACUGGGGUCCCGAAGGACCAAAAGUAACUUAAGUGCAUCUGAACUGCUGACACGCAGGAGCUAUGCAAGUGAUCCUACAGCAGCUGCUGCUUGGCACCGGACUGCGCUACCUGAUGAAAGCAAGGAUUUUGUGUCCAGUUCCAGGAGGAAGCAGUACAGCUCUUCUGAGUACCUCUUGCAGGCUGACAUUCCAGGGAAAAGGCCAGCCACCAAGGUGGAGCUGCAGGACCCUGAAUCCAACUCCCCUGCACAACCAGGUCUUCAAGCAGAGGAGCAGGGCACUUCCCGGGCCUGCCGGACAUCUCGGAGAUGAGCUGCAUUCCCUUCUGGUCAGUGAAAACAGUGGAGCAAGAGGCAGAAUAGUACCAAGCUCACAGGCAUCACACCCGUUUGUAACCUCUCCAGAGGCUUCAGCUAGUCUGAAACCACUUUUGUAAUGCGAUUUGAAAGGUACAGGAGCUUUACCAGUGAAUUCUUCUUCUUCAUUGCUGAAGAGGCAGCUGCAGAGACUUUGCUCAGGGGACUCCCUUUUCUCAUCUCUGUACCUGCAAUCUUCCAUGUAGGAUGAUAAGUCUGUCUCCAUAUGGAAACUCUGACUACAUAGCCUCUCUGAACAAUGGUACUCCCUGGACAAGAGAGAAUUUUUUGUUAACCACUUACAUUCACACAAGAUCCCAGCAGUGUCCCUAUGACUACAUCCAACCCAUGACAGCUGUCCUCCACAAUUGAAAGCUUUCAGUUCCUAGAGACAUUUUGCAUUCUCCUAAUACCCCCUUUUGGCUGGGGUAGUGGUCACCUCAGUGUUCCCAGCACCCUCUCUCUCUAGGCAGGAGGAGACCAUUCCCCACUGGUUGCUUGUUGCUUUACACAUUGAGAGGGAAGGAGAACAGAAAAUGUUGUUUAGAAGCAGUUUGUUCCCUGUUGCUGUCAGUCUCUGCAAUGAGCCUUGCAUGACCUACUCAUCACCAGUUGAGAUCCCACACCAAGAAGUCAUCCAGUGAGCCAAACCAGUGUUGCAGCAGCAACAGUUCCUCCUGCCUGGGACUGGAGUGCCAUUUACCUGAAGCUUUAUGUCUGUCACACUCUGCAGGCAACAGCUCUGCAGCUCAUUUUUAGCAGUUGAGCCAUAAGAGAAAAAGAAACAAGUGCUUUUCCUCACAGACAAGCAGAAUGUCCUUGUUCCUUCCCAAAACAGAGUGGAGACAGCAGGAUUGAACCCUAAGCUGAUCUCCAGUAUGGUUACAGCCUCGAUCUGUGCUCUAUCUGCCAUCUACUGUGCCUGGGACUCAAGUGUGGUCAGAGACUGCUUCAAAUACAGAGAUGUGUCCCCCUGUCAGUGCCCCCAGGCCACGGAAUGCAGUUGGUGUCACUGUCAGGCAGACACUGCCCCUGCAGCUCCAGGAGGUGUUCAGGUGCUGGAGCAACAUCUGCCCUGAGCAGGGUUAUUGCUCCUGGCUUGCACAGGCAGGGCUUGGCUAGUCCUUCUUUUCUAUUCCACCCCCCAGCUGCUGGGCUGGCCUGUACACAAACAGCACUGACCCCCCCUAGUGCUUCCUGCUGCUUGUGCUUUUCUGCAGAGGGACAGGGAUAAUAUGCCAGAAGGAAAAGGUCCCUGAUCCGUUUCUGAGGUCCUGUGGAAAGAGCUGCACCCCAGCAGCUCCCAUGUCUGAGUUGCACCCCACACUCAUUCCCAUAUCCCGCCUCCAGAGAAGCAGGUAUCACAGCUGUGUGCCUGCCUGUACUGCGCAUCCCUGUGCUGCAGCUCCUCCCUGGCUGCAAAAUAUCUAUGAAAACACAAAGAUGUGUUUCAGUGACAUGAUUAUUUUUUAUGAAGAUUGUUUGGAGGAAGGGAAAAAUUAUUUUUGAAAAAAAGUGUUUCCUUUUGCAAUUUUUAAGAUAUUUUCUCAAAUUCAUAUUUUUAACCCUUCGUUUUGUUCUUUUAUAUGUCAUGACGUAUAAGUCUCAAGUUGCAUAACAAAGAUAAUGCUUCUAAAUUAGUACUGAGUGGCAGCUCUAUAGUAAUCUUUAAAUUAUAUUAAAAUAAAUUAUAUGAACCAUUCUCUGUUACCAUUGACAUGGUAACAAUGCUAGUAGAACAAGAUAAUGGGGAAAAAAUUUAAAUUCAAAAUACAAACUAAAAGAAAGUGAAAUUCUGAAGCUAAAUUCAGAUUUCUGAACUGCUUCCCCAUGUGUUUAUCAGGAAGGAUUGGAAAUCCUUGCAGAUUGUUCAAUGGGAAACCACAGUUUCUUUGUAACAAUCCUCUGCAAUGGCCAUGUCCCUCCUAAGCACCCUGCUCUGCUCAGCACUCACUGUAUGUCAGGAUCACUGCCACCACCCAAAAUCAGAUGGAUUGCCAGCAGCACUUGCCUCCCGAUGCUGUGCUGCCCCCACAGCAGAUCUGGCCCUGCAGCCUGCCCAGCAGUGCCCAGCUCAGCACUGCUCCAUGGGGCUGCUGCAGCC